AUGCUCGAGGUGUACAACGUGCACCAUGAGCCCGAUACACGGUACACCAUGCAGAUGUGCCGCUGGAUCCUGAAACCGAUCGGCAUGUGGCACCCGAUCUACGGUCACCCGUCGCCGAGCGAGCGGCUCGUCUCGGCGGCGUUGAUCCUCACGUGCUUCUCCGCUCUGUGCUUCGUUCUGAUACCCGCCGGAAUCUACACGCUGUUUCGCGAGAAAAACAUCAACAUCAAGGUCAAGCUCUUCGGUCCGGUCGGCUUCUGCCUGACCAACACGAUCAAGUAUUGUUACUACGGCGCGCGCGCCGCCGCGUUCGGACGGUGCAUUCGACACGUCGAGGACGAUUGGCGGGUGGUGCGGCAGCAGGAUCAUCGCGAGACGAUGCUGAGGAACGUGCUGGUGGGACGCAGGAUCACCACGCUGUGCGUGAUCUUUCUCUACACCGGCGGACUAUCCUACCACACGAUCAUACCGUUAUCCUCCAGACAGAGAAUCGACGAGAACUACACGAUAAGACUGCACACCUAUCCCGGCUACGAUCUGUUCUUCGAUCCCGUAGCCAGUCCGGCUUACGAGAUCGUGUUCUGCGUCCACAUCCUGUACACGCUCGUCACGUAUAACAUCACGGCGGCCGGGUGUUGCUUGGCGGCGAUUUUCGUGACGCACGCGUGCGGACAGAUACAAAUACUGAUGAUGCUGCUGGACGACUUGGUCGAGGGAAAAUGGAGCAAGGGCGUCACCGUGGAGGAACGUCUGAACGCAAUAAUAAGGCAUCACGUGCGAGUACUGAGAUUUUCGGCCAACGUGGAGGAAGUGCUACGCGAAAUAUGCUUACUGGAAGUGGUGACUUCCACCUUGACCAUAUGCUUGCUCGAAUACUAUUGUCUAACGUUGUUUGCCAAACUCUUAGCUCGCCUGAACAAUUUUGUCGAAUUUUACGAUGAUACCAUUUUACCUUCCCAGGAGUGGGAAAACAGUGAUGCUGUGGCGAUCUUGACAUAUUUUAUUCUAUUGAUAUCCUUCACAUUUAACGUUUUGAUAUUCUGUUACAUCGGUGAACUCCUCGUGGAACAGGAAUUGAGACAUCCCACUUCUCGAUGGCUUGCUCCAGUAGACUAUAGAGCUCACUGGGAAUAA